CCCACAGCCAAGUCAACUCCUCUCAGGGUGGGCCCGUGUAGCCUAGUCCACGCGCAAGAGCGAUGGCCUUUCCGGCCUUCCCGGCGCGGGGCGCCCACGUGGUGCUGCGGGACUCCGAGGGCGCCCAGAAGGUCUUCUUUCUCGGGGCAAACUGCCAGGACCUGCGGAUGGGCAAGUACCCAGCCAUCCCUCUGGACACGGUGCUCGCAACGCCCUACGGCGCAAUCUUGAGGCGCGAGGCCAAUGGAAAGUGGCAGCGCCAUCGGCACAGCUCAGGGGAAGCGGAUACAGCAGACGCCGAGGUGCAAGAGAACAACCAGCACCUUGCACAGGACAACAGCGCCCAGUCGCUGACACCCUCAGAUGUGAGAGAUUUGAAGAAGACGUGCUCGGGUGAUGCUGUGGUGGAGGCCCUUGCGUCCAACAGCGCCACCUUUGCGUCAAAAACCAAGUUCGCCAAGGAGAAGUACCUCAAAAAGAAGGCACAAAAGCACGUGCAGCAGGUGACUUUUUUGCGGCCCAGCGCCAUGGAGCUGUGCGAGACCUACUACAAGGCCUCCAGGAGCAAGGUCUGUGGCUUGCGCUACGACUACUUGUCCUCCAUCUUGUGCCAGGCUGAUGUGCGAAGCGGUGGUCGGUAUUUGGUGCUGGACUGCGCCGCUGGACUGGUCACCGGGGCCAUGGCGCAGCAGCUGGCCGGAGUCGGCCAGGUCUUCCGGGUCUUCAAGGGCGGCUUCCCGGAGAAGGGCUUCUUCGAGUUGGACCUCUCAGAGGCGGAGAAGGCUGCGGUGCGGCCCAUCGCCGUGGAGGCGCUCUCAAGCCACGAGCCCUUCUCCACGGAGUGGCUGAGACCAGCGAGUAACGCAGAAGCCGAAGAGCCCGUCGCUGCGGGCCGCGCGGAGGCGCGGGCCACCAGGGCGCGGCAGCGCAAGGCGGACUUCGAGUCGCUGGAGGCGCAACCGGUGCACGGCCUUCUCAUCGUGGCCGGGGAGGAUGAGCUAGACCUUGCCAUGGAGGUGUUGGAGGUGUGUUUGCCGCGGCUGUCGCCGGGCGGGCGCGCAGUGCUGUUCGGCCAGCACAUGCAGCCCAUGGCGGCCCUGCAGGGCCAAUGGCGUGCCUCUGGAGGCUUUGUGGAUGUGCGGCUCAUGCAGCUCUUCACUCGCGAGUUCCAGGUCUUGCCCGCCCGCACACACCCCUUCAUGGUGUCGGAGUCUCAGCUCUGCGAGGGCUUCAUCCUGUGCGCCAGCAAGGUGGACAACACUGCGGCUGGGACGGACUGAGGGGGCCCGAGGAACCGCCCGCGAAGCGAGUCUGCAGCUGACCCACGCGAUGCGAAGCCGAGUCGCAU